UGUUAUCACGCCGGUCGAAACCGAAAACGUAAACAAUAUUCUCAAUAAAAGACGUGUGCGAGAAAUUUUAUAUAUUUAACAGGUGUGCUGUUAAACUUGUAGCAUUGUUGGGAAUAAUGCGGUUAUUUACCACGCUGCUUUAUUUCUGCAUUUUUGGAACUGGAAUAAUUCUUAGUGAAGAAACAGUUGAUGAAGUUAAGGAGUUCAACAAAAUAUUAGCAGAAGAGGAUGGUAUCGUAGUGUUGUUUACACAGCCAUGUUGUGCUUGCACCGAUUGUGUGGAAGCUGAAGUAUUAACUGGAGGAAUGAGUCAACAAUUAGAAGACCACUUAGGCCUCACUGUUGUAAGAAUAAAAGAUCCAAAAUUGAAGGCUCGCUAUGGAAUUAAAAAGGUACCAGCUUUAGCAUACAUUCGGAAUAACAAAACAGCUUUAUAUGAUGGUGAAUUUGAAUAUGAUACUCUGUAUUUAUGGCUCCAAGAGAACAGACAACCAUCCACUGUUGAUUUGGAUGACACAUCUUUUGAGCAUUUAACACAAGCUGCUACUGGGGCUACAACUGGAGAUUGGCUCGUUAUUUUUCACAAUGGAGUUUGUUGCAAAAAGAGAGAAUUGAUACAUCUAGAAAAUGUUGGUAUAAAGCUCAGAAACAAGGUAAAUGUAGCGAGUGUAAAUACAGAUAAAGCUCCUGAAACUGCAGACCGUUUCAAAAUAACAACCUGCCCUGAAAUAAUAUUUUUUCGACAUCAAAAAAUGUAUCACUUUACUUUACCUGAGGUUAAUGUCAAAACUUUGAGGAAUUUUGCUGAAGGUUUUUACAAAAAUUCAAAAGUGGAACGUGUUCCUCAGCCUCUUUCAGCUUUUGAUAAGUAUGUUGAGAGAACACGUGAUUUUUUUUCUGCAGAUUCAUAUCGGCUAAUAAUAUCACUGUAUGUCAUAUUUAUUUCAAUUGCUAUAUUGACAAUUAUUGUUGUAUUGAAGAUGUUUGCAGCUCCAACCAAACCAAAAUCGCAGUAAAAAAGCAAAGCAGCUGUUGAGAACUGUUUUUAUGGAUUCUUGAUCAUAAAAUGAUCAAAAUCAUUAUGAACUUUUAUAUAUGUACAAUAUUGCUAUUAUCUUUACUGAAACAUUCCUUUCAUGAUUUUGUACUUAAUAUUUUUUAGAUUAAUGGUGCUGAAUUUAUUUUAUAAAUAUGUUUACAUAUUUUUAUGUAAAUUUAUCUUAUGGUUAUCUUAUAUAGAAAAAAAAAUGUCUUAAUGAUUUUGAUUUAUUAGAGAAAUAUAGUUGAAGCCUGUUUGGUUAAUUUAUAUAUAAUUAUCUUUUCUAAAAUGUAUUCUGGUUUAAGAUUUAUAAGUCGUUAGCAGGACUUUUGUCAUUUUGAUAUGAUUUAUUGAAAUUGAUCGAAUUAUUGAAAAUUUGACAGUCCCUUUCUCUUUUAUUUUGAUGGACAAAAAAAUUUUGCAUCAGUAAUAACUAAUUUGAUCAUGCCUUUAUAUAUGACUUGCAAGUUACAUAAAAAUUAAAAACUAUAAAACUUUUGUAUAUUGGACUUUUUUUGUUAUAUUUUUAAAUUGAAAGCAAAUACCCGUUGUUAACAAGAAUAAUAAUAAUAAUAAAAUUGCCUAACUAAUUUUUGAUAAAUAUCUAAGAUAUUUAUCAAAUGUUAGGUCUGUUAUAAAAAAAAAAGGUUAAAAUAAAAGAUUCUUAUAAUUGGAUACAGUUUGUAUUGAUUAUCAUGAUUUCUAGCAUAUUUAUUAAAUUUC